AUGACCAGCCCCGACGCCGCAAAAGACAAAUUCUGCGAGGGCCUACACGCCCUCCUGGCGACUGUGUCGAAGGCGAACAAGUUGAUUGUCCUCGGUGACUUCAAAGCCCGCGUCGACACAGACCAUGCUGCCUGGAGAGGAGUGCUAGGUCCCCAUGAUCUCAAUGGCUCCAACGACAAUGGUCUGCUCCCUCGCUGCGCCUGCACAGAACACCGACUCGUCGUGACGAACACCUUUUUCUGUCUACCGGUGCGAAAGAAGGCCCCCUGGGUGCAUCCUCGAUCGCGUCCGCGGCACCUGCUGGACUAUGUCCUCGUCCGGAAGCGAGACCAGCGGGACGUGCUGGUUACAAAGGCGAUCGCGGAUGUUGACGGAUGGUCCGACCAUCGCCUCGUCAUCUUGAAGAUGCGUAUUCGCCGACUGCCUCGCAGCAGACCACAAGGUAAGCGAUCCUCAGGUAAGCUGAAUAUUGUCUUGUUGCCAUUGCCUGCUCACCAUCUUCAUUUCAGCAUCCAGUUAGCUCAACGGCUAGACAACCUUCAAGUCGCUGCCGCCGCCGCCGCCGCCGCCGCCGCCGCCGCCGCCGCCGCCGCUGACGAGAACGCCUCCGCAGAGAAUCGAUGGUGCCGACUGCGGGACACAGUCCAGUCGACGGCGCUGGCUGUCCUCGGUCGCGCACGCCGCUAA